AUGAAGAACAUUGGUACAUCCUCCAAAUGGAAUGCUGUUUUCAUUCCACAUGGGCCUGGUGCUGUACAAGAUGUUGCUUCACAGAUCAGGACUGCUGUUGGGUGCUUUGUGAAGAUGGGACAAGUGUUUGGUUUGCUACGUUGCGUGCAAGUGGAGCAGCCAAUCGUGGCUAUUAAGGAAGUGUUUGGAAAAUUCAAAGAUUUUCUUGAACCUGGCUGCCACUGUGUGUCAUGUUAUUUCAGCAGUUGUCUUUCUGGUGAACUUGCUUCGGGUGUCGACCAGCUAGAUGUUCCUUGUGAAACCAAGACAAAGGCAAAAUUGAAAAUUAAUGUCACUCCAUUGUCUGCACUUGACAUGAAGAAGGAUAUCGAGCCAGAUAGGCGUGUGAAGAGAGCCAUGAAUGAGAUCAAUGCUGCUGGAAGAUUGAGGGUGGCCUCAAGUGAUAAAGCAGAAGCAGAGAAGAUAUUAAAAAUAAAGCGAGCAGAAGGGGAGGCAGAAUCAAAGUACGAAGGAGGUCAAGCCAUAGUAGAUGAGAUGAGGGACGGUGUGUUGGUUUUCUCUGAGAAAAUGCCUGGGACAACACCAAAGAAUAUCAUGGACGCGGUUAUCAUGACCGAAUAUUUUGACACAAUGAAGGACAUUGGUGCAUCCACCAAAUCCAGUGGUGUCUUCAUUCCAUAUGGACCUGGUGGGGUACAAGAUGUUGCUUCACAAAUCAGGGAUGAUUAUCUCCAAGGAAAUACCACAAAUUCUUGA